AGACGACGGAAAACCUGCUCCCUCUCUCUCUCCGCCGGAAUCUGACGACAUGGCUCAGCUCCGGUACUCGCCCUUCUCUACGCCUCCCGCCAUAUCCAAGAACCGCCAUUUUUCCAUAAAUACCCCUCGCUUUCCGUCCGUCGCGCUCUCUCAGUCCAUCGCCCCCUCUCCGUCUAUUGCCCUCUCUCUCCUCCCCACCAAAGCCACCACGUCAGCAAACAUCUCCCUCCUCACCACCGAUCACAACGGUAACGGCCCUGACGGAAUAGAUAACAGCGGGCGUAACGGCGGUAACGGCGGAGGAGGUUCGAACUCAAACGGGAGAGGCGACAGCAGCGAUGAGGACCGAUCUCAGCCGUCCAACUUCGGCCCCAUCGGAUCCUUCAUCAACGGAUGGCGAUCUCGGGUCUUGGCAGACCCGCAGUUCCCAUUCAAGGUCCUGAUGGAGGAGGUGGUCGGCGUCUCGUCCUGCGUGCUCGGCGACAUGGCGUCCCGUCCGAAUUUCGGCCUCAACGAGCUGGAUUUCGUCUUCUCGACGCUGGUGGUUGGAUCGAUCCUCAAUUUCGUGCUGAUGUAUCUCCUCGCACCGACGGCCGGAUCGUCCCCUUCUUCCAUGCCGUGGAUCUUCGCCAAUUCGCCGAAGAGCCACAUGUUUGAGGUGGGCCCCUAUAGCCUCUUUGAUCGGGUGGGGACCUUUGUCUACAAGGGUGUGUUGUUUGCAGCCGUUGGAUUUGCAGCAGGGCUGGCAGGGACCGCCCUGUCGAAUGGGCUGAUCAAGCUGAGGAAGAAGAUGGACCCUGAGUUCGAGACGCCGAACAAACCCCCGCCCACGAUUCUGAAUGCAGCGACGUGGGCAAUCCAUAUGGGGCUGAGCAGCAACCUGAGAUAUCAGACAUUGAAUGGGUUGGAAUUUUUGCUGGCGAAGGGAUUGCCGGAGCUGGCAUUCAAGACGUCGGUGGUGGUUUUGAGGUGCUUGAACAACGUGCUCGGUGGAGUUUCGUUCGUGGUGCUGGCGAGGCUGACGGGAUCGCAGAAGGUGGAUGAUGGGACGGCAGCGAUCACUCCGGCUGUUGUGGGAUUGGAGGAAGAAAAGGAGAAGUUGGUGGGGGAGGGGGAAUUGGAGAGCAAUCAGCCUCACUGUAAGUGAUUCAGGUUGGGGGAUGUUUGGGUGGGCUUGGAAUUGCAAGCGGAGAUGGAAAUGGGUCCUUUGUGGCUUGAAUUCGGGAAAUUUGCGCUGCCCAAAUAGCCUCUUUUCGGAUUCUAAUUUAAGGAAAUGGUUGAUCUGCUCGAAUUUCGAUUUGGGUGGAUGUCCAAACAUGACCAUACUUCUUAGUCUGGCCACAAAUCUUUUUCUUUUUCUAAUAGAAAAAUCGGGUUUCUUUUAAUCACAGUGAAAGAGAUCAGUCAUGUGAAGUGGGUUUUGAUGGGUGCUUUUUUUUUGCUUGUAAUUUAUCAGUAGGUUCAUGAAUAAUGAGGAUUUCGUGCCGAGUGACGGUUUUUUACUGCCA